GUAGCUAUGGUGCGUUUCACUGUCUACAAUUCUGCAUCUUGGUAUUCACAACGCAGAUGGACCGUGAGAAUACACACACAACAGAAUAUCACUUCAAGCACUUUGCGCCCAUAGGGAUGCCGUGAAUAAUUAUACUAAAGCAUGCAGUCGUUGGGCAUGUCUGAUUUUAUCUUUUAUCAAGGAAAAAAAGAAGAAAAAAGAGAAAAAGGACAGCGCCAAAGAGGAAUCGAACCCCGAUCACGAGGAGGCCGUGCAGGUUUCAGCAGCCUUGGACAACUGGUACUUGAUCUCGAAGUACCUUUGGACACGGCACUCAUGGUGGCAUGGAUAGCAGGUAUCUCGAGGCCGCAACCCCCAUGCAACAUCGAACACCGAGGCAGCAAGACAAAACAGACAGACGCCAUCACCAAAGGCAAAAAAGAAAAUGUGAAAAUGACCUUUGGAAGUUCAAAAAGUUGGCUAAAGCACCAAAAAAAAAACUUAUACGCCCAGCGAUCCAUCUUGGUGUUCAGCGUAGAUCCUACUGCGCGCCCCGGUUUCCCAUGGGUAUUUCUUUGCGGGUACCAACAGCUCGAACGUGCGACGGGUGGGGUCUACGCGUCGGCCAUCCAGGGCUGCGGGCCGUGUCUGAGAGUUCCUGACCUGGCGGUGGCCUUCGUCGUAAUGAGCCGUGCGACCUGGGAAGUCCCCUCCCAAGUCACAUCGCGCUGCAUUGCCGACCAGGCCAUUACCAAGUGGGCCGCUCGCUGUUGAAGGGCAUUGAACAAUUCUGGUAUAUAAGGGUACGGCACCCGCCAGCUGGUCAGCAGUCCAGUACUGCAGGGUCCUGGCGCAGCGAUUGCCAGCACUUCCCAAGCUGCAGGGGAAGGGAUCGCACAGUAUUGAAGCCAUGGACGUGAGGCAGUCAAUAUGAGAGACCGAGAUGCUGCUGGAUGGUGCAUAGGAGAAGGCUUGAUGCUACCAUCGAUCCACGUGCGAGGUGGUUUUCUGUG